CUGGAAUGAGGAGAUGACCAAUCGCAUUGCCUCGCUUUAAAAAGGGUUCUGAGAGGGGGAACCUCACAACACAGGGAGUUAGGAAUUCUCACACCGGCUCCCAGCGGCUCCUUUCACAAGCCAUGUCUCAGCCCACGGAAGUGAAGAAGAAGAAGCGCCCUGCAGUGAAGGAGGAAGACCUGAAGGGGGCGCGGAAUAAACUGGGCUUGAAGGGAGAGGUCAAAUCCAAAACCUACGCAGUGAUGCAGGAAUGCGAGCAAGCCGGUAUUCCGGCCCCGUCUGUGUUCAGCCACGCCCGAACCGGGACAGAGACUGUGUUCGACAAGCCCAAGGAAGAGACGCCCAAGAGCGUCUUCGGGAAAUAGAGACCCCUGCUUCUUCACAGUGACGGGCUGAGGGGAGAAGUCGUGGUUGUGAAACAAGCCAGCGUCCCAGCUGGGAAUGUGUUCAGCUUGCAUAGCAGUGUGUAGAGAGCUGCAUCAGAGGGGAACAAGGGCUUUUCUAUGGGUGUUAUAUACAGUUUAAAUAUAAUCAAUUAUCAGCAGGAGAACCCAUUUGAUGACGUUUCAGUGAAGUUAAUUUCUUAUUGUUUUAUUGAUAUUUGUUCUGUAUUCAAUAAAAUAAAUCUUGUUUUUUUUUUUUAAAAAGAAAACAGUUCCUUGCAGUUUAUUUGAAUGGCUGGUUUCACAGUCCCUGGUUAUCACUCAUUUUGGCCUACCUUGUGUUAAACUGGUAAAGGCAGUGCAAGAUUAGUGCUAAUCGGGCUGGUGAAACCAGCUGUGUUAAGCAUGUGUUUUUGUUAAUAAUGCUGAUAAGAGAUAAGAAGAUUGGUUAGCAUUCUGAAAAUAUCUGCUAUUCUCAUGCCAAUACAAACACUAUCAUCGAACUUUGAAUUGAAAGAGUUGAUUCAGGUUUAUGUUCAAGGCUAUUGAUUGUUGUAAACAUCAACAUGACAGACUGAACUGCCCAUCUAUGUUGUAUUAUGUAUAU